AGUUCGAUGGCGAAACCAGCAUUCCACCCCGCCCGGCCAUCACGACCAAGAGACGAUGGACGGGAUGUCCAACCCGCUGCGAUGGGUCCAGAUUUCUCUUAACCUCAACCACAUCGCCCCUGCUCUUCUUCCUUCCAGAGCACCGAAGCCCGACCCAACGUGGUCAACUCCAAGGGUUCAACGGAUAGCCGGAAGUGGUGAAACCAUAUCGUCGAAUUGCCGCCGGUGGUCCCAAAUCGCCGCCCAGUCAAGGGUCCUUGCGUAUCAAUGACCGCUUCGGGUGUAAACACCCUCGAUCCGACUUGCACUGUGGCUCCAUGCAGGUUCCCGUUGAUCGUAAGUUCCCCUGUAGACCGCAAACUCAGUAACGUCGACAUGGUCUCAGGCGAGGCGUUACUUGAGAUUGCGAUCAGUGCAAAAUGUGUUGCCAGCGAAGCGCAUUUCGAGCAUAUACGAACCUUUUCCCGAACCCUCCCAUUACAAAGCCCUCCUUUGGCCUGUGCAUGGGUAGCCCGCGCGCCUACGUCGCCAACACCCUUUUCAUCUUCCACCUCCUUUCCUGCCCACAAGGAGAAGGUGAAAGACGCCAUGCACACCCGCUCUACACCCACGAGCUCUUUGGACUUAUCGUGGUUUCAAGCACUUGACCGCGGCCUUGCCAGGCCCGGAACCAAAACAGGUAUCUUUGCCUCCCGGCGUGAUGCAGUCAGUGCAUGGGUAGCCCACGCGCCUACGUCGCCAACACCCUUUUCAUCAUCCACCUCCUUUCCUGCCCACAAGGAGGAGGUGAAAGACGCCAUGCACACCCGCUCUACACCCACGAGCUCUUUGGACUUAUCGUGGUUUCAAGCACCUGAGCGCGCCGCCUUGAGUAUACUUGAACGUAUUUCAAGGAGACCGCAACUGCAAGCCAAGAGGAGGGAGAUCGUCGAGAAACUAUGCUGAUCGCAC